CUACUGAGUUAUACACAUGCAUACAAUGGAUUGCUUCAACAAAAUGUGCAUUCCAUUGUUCCUCAUGGCCGCCAUGGCUGCAACAAUGGUGUUCGGCCAAGGCACGCAGGUUGGGUUCUAUUUAACUACGUGCCCAACCGUCGAAACCAUUGUCCGAAGUGCAGUGAAUUCACACUUUCAAUCCGACCCCACAGUUGCACCGGCAUUGUUGAGGCUUCAUUUCCAUGAUUGCUUUGUCCGUGGCUGCGACGCCUCUGUUCUCAUCGACGGCCCCAACGCCGAGAAAACCUUCCUCUUUAACCAGGGGCUGCGUGGGUACGAGGUUAUCGAUGAUGCUAAGCAGCAGGUUGAGGCUGCCUGUCCUGGUGUUGUCUCUUGUGCUGAUAUUUUGGCUCUUGCUGCUCGAGACUCGGUUGUACUGACUAAUGGACCGACAUGGGCUGUACCUUUGGGACGAAGAGACGGUUUGGUUUCGGUGGCUUCCGAUGCGUCUAACCUGCCUGCUUUUACAGAUUCUGUUGAUGUCCAGAGGCAAAAAUUUUCUGAUAAAGGUCUUAACACUCAAGAUCUUGUUACCCUUGUUGGGGGACACACCAUUGGCACUUCAGCUUGCCAGUUCUUCAGCUACAGGCUACAAUCAAACUUCUCAGCCAACGGCCCAGAUCCCACCAUAGAUCCGGCCUUCCUCGCUACCCUGCAAUCGCUCUGCCAAGGCGGCGGCUCCACGCGCGUGGCGCUGGACAACGGCAGCGGAAACACGUUCGACACCUCGUACUUCGACAACCUCAGAAACAACCGCGGAGUCCUCGAAUCCGACCAGAAACUGUGGAACGACAAUUCCACGAAGCCCAUCGUGGAAGGGUUUCUGGGAAUCGCAGGAGUGGCUGGGCUGAGGUUCAGCGUGGAGUUCGCGACGUCCAUGGUGAAGAUGAGUAACAUUGAAGUUAAGACUGGCACUGACGGUGAAAUCCGUAGGGUGUGUUCUGCUUUCAAUUGAUCCAAUUAAGAAAUUAGGGUUUGCAUGCAUGGUUAUGUAUACUAGCUAGGGUUUCGCCAGCUAGCGUAAGCUGCUUUAUUUUGAAUAAUCCGUUUCAAGUAAUGUAAAAUGCAUGAGUUGAGAUUGAGACUAAAUAAACAGAAAUCCUUUGCUGCAUUUCACUAA